AUGAUGGCUGAAGAACUAAAUUCUGUGACAACAGCAAAUUUUGUUACAACUUUCAAAAUAGAAUCCACAACCACUAUUCCUCAUGAUAUCGAUGGCAAUAAGGAAUUUGGUCGACGAUGCCCGAUAUCUUCUGGUUUAUUUCCUCAUCCAUUUAGUGCACAGAAGUAUAUUUUGUGCUUGUUUGGAUCUUUAUAUGUGAUGACUUGUCCUCCGAACUGCAGAUUUAACAGCCAUAUCUUAGCUUGCACAUUUAAAUAUCCGUUCGCGGCUGAACCUAACAACUUUAGAUGUUUAGAUGAAAGCGACUUCUGGCAUCCAGCUCCAAAAGGAAGUGACAAUCCCUGGCAUCCUACUCCUAGAAGAACUGACAAUCCUUGGUACUAUAACCCAAGAGGAAUUGAUAAUCCUUGGCAUCCUACUCCUAGAAGAACUGACAAUCCUUGGUACUAUAACCCAAGAGGAAUUGAUAAUCCUUGGCAUCCUAGCCCUAGAAGAACUGACAAUGCUUGGUAUCCUAGCCCUAGAAGAACUGACAAUGCUUGGUAUCCUAGCCCUAGAAGAACUGACAAUGCUUGGCAUCCUACCCCAAGAAGAACUGAUAAUACUUGGUAUCAUGACCAAAUAGGAACUGGUAUUUGGUAUCAUAACCCAAGAGGGAUCGAAAAUCCUUCUAAUCCUAUCCAAAUUGAUAAUCUCUGGAACACUAUCCGAAGUAGAACUGACGAUUCUUGGAGUCUUAUUGCAAGGGAGCCAGAUGACUUUAAGAAUCAAACUGUAAACAGAGCUCAUACUUCUUGGAAUUCAUUUCCACGGGAACCCGACUACAUACCAGAUCAUCGAUAUCAUCAAGCAGGACAUAAAAUAAAAUUACCGGUGUCUGAAGCACAUCGUCUCUUACAAUCGUAA